CUUCCUGGUGUGGACGGUUGAGCGGUUAGUUCGAAUUAACGCUGCUAAAUUCGAAUUAAAGUCCUAGUGUAGACCAGGCCUUAGAGUCUAUUAUUUAGUUCAGUCUAAUUUGAGGCUGGAGUAACUUUUUAAAAAAAAAGAAAAACCUUCCACAGCUGUGGACAAUAAUGCAAGAAGGAAUAUUAAGUAUUAAACUCUUCACCCAACUUCAACUCUAUUUGAAUGUCCAAAAAAGGUUGCAUGAACGGGUUCGCUGUGUAUUAAGCAGAUGUCCUUGGUAGAUUUGGGAAAGAAGCUUUUAGAAGCAGCACGAGCAGGCCAAGAUGAUGAAGUUCGCAUUUUGAUGGCAAAUGGAGCACCUUUUACCACAGACUGGUUGGGAACAUCACCACUUCAUCUAGCAGCACAGUAUGGGCACUAUUCAACAACAGAAGUAUUACUUCGAGCUGGUGUAAGUCGGGAUGCGAGAACAAAAGUGGACAGAACUCCAUUGCAUAUGGCAGCAUCUGAAGGCCAUGCAAACAUAGUAGAAGUCUUACUUAAGCAUGGUGCUGAUGUUAAUGCAAAGGACAUGCUAAAGAUGACUGCUCUUCACUGGGCUACAGAACACAAUCACCAGGAAGUGGUGGAGCUCUUAAUAAAAUAUGGAGCAGAUGUCCACACACAAAGUAAAUUUUGCAAAACUGCAUUAGAUAUUGCAAUAGACAAUGGGAAUGAAGAUGUAGCAGAAAUAUUACAGAUUGCUAUGCAGAACCAAAUCAAUACAAAUCCAGAGAGUCCUGACACUGUGACAAUACAUGCAGCCACACCACAGUUUAUCAUUGGACCUGGAGGGGUGGUGAACCUUACAGAUGAGACCGGAGUAUCUGCUGUACAAUUUGGAAAUUCAUCAACAUCAGUAUUAGCUACAUUAGCAGCUUUAGCGGAAGCGUCCGCUCCACUGUCCAACUCUUCAGAAACACCAGUUGUAGCAACAGAAGAAGUAGUGACUGCAGAAUCUGUGGAUGGUGCAAUUCAGCAAGUUGUCAGUUCUGGAGGUCAACAAGUUAUUACUAUAGUUACAGAUGGCAUUCAGCUUAGUAAUCUCCAUUCAAUUCCAACCAGUGGAAUAGGUCAGCCAAUCAUUGUGACCAUGCCAGAUGGACAGCAAGUAUUAACAGUACCAGCAACAGACAUUGCUGAAGAAACUGUGAUCAGUGAAGAACCACCAAUCAAGAGGCAGUGCAUUGAGAUUGUUGAAAAUCGUGUGGAAUCUGCAGAAAUAGAAGAGAGAGAAACUCUACAGAAACAGCUGGAUGAGGCAAAUCGAGAAGCACAAAAGUAUCGACAGCAGCUUCUAAAGAAAGAGCAAGAAGCAGAGGCCUAUCGGCAGAAAUUAGAGGCAAUGACCCGUCUCCAGACUAAUAAAGAAGCUGUUUAAAUAUUGAAAUGGACAUAUUGCAAAGUCUGUUACUUUCAGUCAAGAAAACUGCAGUACAAUCUUGAACUGUACACUGUAUAGGUACAGAAAUGGGAUUACAUAAUAGCAAAGAUGCUACAGGUUGAUAACUGGACUUAAGCCAUGAGCUCUGAUGAAUUUCUUGUAACAUAAAAGCUGAAUUUAGAAAUUGUGAAAAGUAUUUAAAAUGAAAUACUGUAAAUAGUUGUUUUUUUACAGUUCCAAAGUGAGUUGAUAAAUCUUUUUGAAGGGAUCCAGAAACACAAGAAGCCAAUGUUUUUGUGAAAUUUUGGAUUUUAGUAUAAAUCUAAUUUCUGAAAAACAGAACAGUUUUAAGGGUGAUGUUGCUGAUUAAGAUUGACAGUUUGAAAAUGAAUUAUGUGACAAAAUGAAUUAAUAGUUAUUGAAUAAGACAUGUCCUGAUGGAAAUCUUUGUACAACUUUAAGUAGUUGUCUUAGAUUUUCUGAAAACCCUUGUUUUAGAAAGUGAAAAUUUUAUAUUUAAUUUCCAAUAUAUCCAAGUAGAUUUACAUGUAUAUGAAGCUAAUAUUUUUUAAACUUUUCAGUUUGUACAUAUGCUGCAUGUUUUUAUAAUUUCUACACACAUCUUGCAUAGGUAUUUUUCAGCAAAGAUGAGGAAAAUUAUGAGGAAAAAAUGUUUAGCCUAAAUGUCAUUUGAAGUAAGCUAGCAGCCAGUUUUAUUGUGAAUGGUAUAUUUCUUGGAAGAAUGUAAUUUGUAAAAAUAAAAAAAAACUUAAUUUACGUAAUACAGACAUUAUUUGAAAAUGCUGACAGUGAGGGGGCAUUGAAACGUCACUUUUCUGUGUCUUAUAACUUUCAUGUGCAAACAUUUUUAAAGUACAGAAGUAUGAAAGACUGUCUCCACAGGAACCCACAUAGCAAUUCCUUUUAAAUAUUCUUGUUAAGCUGUUUCCCCAAUAAUCUUCAGAUUAUCUCAAGGACACAUUUUAUAAACAGACUUUUGCAUUUAAAUUAUGCACCUGGACCUGAAAGUUUGAUGUUGUUUUGGUGCUCUUGUUACCUACCAUCAUUGUGCUUCACUGUGAUAAAUGUCUCUGUGCAGUAAUCUGUAUGAAUACUUAGCAUUUAUAUAGUGCUUUACAUCUUCAAAGUGUUGUAUAAUCAGUAAAGAAUUAAUCAUCACUAUGUCCCCUAUGGUAUGGACAUUAUUGCCCUCAUUUUACAACUGAUGUAAGCGUGAUACAGAGAGGUUAAGUGAUUUGCCCAAGGCCACAUUAAAUCAGUGGCAGACCCGGGAAUAGAACUCAGGAGUUCCCGUCCUUAGGUCAGGCUGCCUUAAGACUGUUUGAUGCCGUGUUACAGUCAAUUUUGAACUAUUGUGCGGAUUCCUUUUUUGUAAAACAUAAGUUGUCUUUUAUUUGUGCUUUGCUUUGUCUUUCCAUGUUUCACUGCUUUUAUGAUAUUGUUUAUAUAAACUUAAACAAAGUCUAGUUUACCUAUACUGUAUUCAAAGGCAUUGCCCUUAAAACUGUACUCUGGCCUACUUUUUCUAUUUUACAAUUAAAUACCUUUUC